CCCGCCCCGCCCCAACGGGAAGGGGGUCCUUGGCGCGGCGUCCGUCCCCAGUGGGAAAGACAGACCAGUGGCGACCUCUACGUGGGUUCCUCUAACGUGGAAAUUUUAGGAAGACGUGACUUUCAAGCUGAUUAUGAAAACAUUUAUCAUUGGAAUCGGUGGUGUGACAAAUGGUGGCAAGACAACGCUGGCUAAGAAUUUGCAGAAGCACCUCCAAAACUGCAGUGUCAUAUCUCAAGAUGAUUUCUUUAAGCCAGUGUCUGAGAUAGAGACAGACAAAAACGGAUUUUUGCAGUAUGAUGUGCUUGAAGCGCUUAACAUGGAAAAAAUGAUGUCAGCCAUUUCCUGCUGGAUGGAAAGCGCAAGACACUCUCUGCUGUCAACUGACUGGGAAAGUGCUGAGGAAAUUCCCAUCUUAAUCAUUGAAGGUUUCCUUCUCUUUAACUAUAAACCCCUUGACACUAUAUGGAAUAGAAGCUACUUUCUGACUGUUCCGUAUGAAGAAUGCAAAAGGAGGAGGAGUACAAGGGUCUAUGAGCCGCCAGACCCUCCAGGGUACUUUGACGGCCACGUGUGGCCCAUGUAUCUGAAGCACAAAAGAGAAAUCGAGGACAUCACGUGGGAAAUUGUUUACCUAGAUGGAACCAAAUCUGAAGAGGACCUCUUUUCACAAGUGUAUGAAGAUCUAAUACACGAACUGGCAAAGCAAAAGUGUAAGUAUUGUCCUAUCAAAGUGGAUGGUAGAGGAGGAAUUAGCAUAUGUUACAGAACACUCACGUAAGAGGGAUUUUAUUUAUUCAUUCAUUCAUUUAUUGAUUGCUUUGAAGAGAAUUCAGAAUCAGAGAUACUGUAUAGGCUGGGGGACUUGGUUA